GUCAUCAACAAUUGCCUUUGUACCGCAACAACCAUGGCUGCUGAAUGCCAGUAUACGUGAAAAUAUUCUAUUUGGCGAAUCAUUUCGACCGAAACGUUAUGACUUUGUGUUGGAUGCCUGUGCUCUAAAGCCGGACAUAGAUUUGAUGCCAGCGGGAGAUUUAACUGUUAUCGGCGAGAGAGGCAUUAAUUUGUCGGGUGGCCAAAGGCAACGUGUGGCAAUUGCCAGAGCCUUGUAUUCAUCGGCCAAUGUGGUGAUAAUGGAUGAUCCCUUAUCAUCGCUGGACAAUGAAGUGGCCCGUCACAUUUUCGAACAGAGCAUUAAGAAGAUGCUGCUGAAAGCCAAUCGCACUGUCAUUUUGGUGACACAACAAUUAAAUCUGGUACAACAGGCGCACAAUUUAAUUGUAUUGAAAGAUGGUUGUCUUCAGGCAUCCGGCAGCUAUAAGGAGAUCGCAGCCACUCAUCCACACAUAAUCGCCAAAUGGAAUUCAAUAAUUGCAAAAGCCAAUGAAAAGGAACAACAAAACAACCCCAACGAAAACACCGCUUUAGGCCGCACAGCCCGUGAACGUUGGAAAUUAUUUAAAAAUGUUUCGAAAUUGGGUUUAUUGCGUUCCACCUCCUGUACAACACAACAAUCCACCGGAUCUACAACGGAGAGCAAUGGAGGAGGUGGCAAUGAUGCCAUUGAUAUGGCAACGGAAAUGAAAGCAACUUCUGCCGAAAAUAUAUUGGCCGCUGACAACGAAGAUGACGAGUACACAAUCAUGCCAGCGACCUCUUCAAUGGCUUGCAAUUCCGGCUUUAAGCUAUCCCGCACACCAUCUGGUUUCUACAGUUCUCGACAUUUAAUCUAUGACGUCCCACUGCCUCUGGAUGAAUGUCAACUUGAAGGAGUACCGUUGCGACGUCGUCGACGUACUGGUAGUGAUACCUUUCGCAGUGGUCAUAGACCCAGUUCUCGAACCUCAAGUCGCCUCAGUAAUAUCAGUAACACCCCAACCGAAUUACGCAGAAGUUUACUUACCGAUAGUGUUGGCAGUGCUGUCAGUUAUAUGACAAAUUUAAGUAGUAGUGAAGAGGCACCAUCACGUACCCAAUCAUGGCAACCCGUGGCACCGAUGAGCAAACAUCAACCAUUGACCAAGAAUGUUUCAGCACCACCAGCAUUUGUGGAAAAUGGUGAAGGUAAAGAUGAAAUCGAUGCGGCUGAAUCUCCAUUGGAAACGGGUAAUGGUUUUCAACAAUUCCUUAGACGUAUGACUAUGCGUAGAUCGAAUAAAUCGAAAACGGUUGCCCCGGCAGCACAUCAUCACAGGCCCAGACCUGGUAGUGGAGAUACAGCUAUUGUGAGCAUCUCGGAGGAAUCGUCUGGCAUAGCUGGUUCAUCAGUGCCAUCCAUUGAAUUGAGCUCAGUGCUAACGGAUGCAACUGAAACUGAGACGGAAAGUUGGAUUGCCGGUAUUGAAAAUGAGGAAUCCAUUCAAGAUGUCAAUAUUGACUAUAAAGCUUUGUUGGCAAACAAAGCGAAUCACAUGGAAAAACAUGCCGACAAUACCGGAGUUACAACUACAAGCAAUAUCAAUAACAACAACACAGCCACCACCAACAUGUUGGCCACCAAUGUUACCACUUUGCGAGAUGAUGCAGCAACACCACCAACAAAAACAACAUCAACUGAAAUGCCCAAUUCCAACGAAUUAUACUCGGCCAGGCAGGCAAACAACAAGAAACCAACGACGACAACAACAAAUUACGAUGUCGAACGAAAAUAUGGUAAAAUACCGGCGGAAAUCUAUUUGCUGUAUGUGCGUGCAUCUGGUUUCGCAAUUGUUUUAAUAUUUUUCAUCACGGCCCUAAUUUGGCAAACUUUGCGCGUGUACACGGAUGUUUGGUUACAACAAUGGACCGAUGACAAUAAGCCAACGGCAGCGGUAGUGGCAACUGGAGGUAGCGGUGGUGGUAGUAGUAAUGGUACAUUGCUGGCGCAGCAACAUAAAGCGAUAACAUCCGUAAAUAUAUCCGCAAUGCAACAAAUGGGUGUCCACAAUUACGCAACAACCGGCCGUGCCACCACUACUGCCAUUGAUGAUGAUAUGGAAAAUCUGUUCGCUGGCCCUUCAUCUCCGACCAACAGCAGUACGCAUCACGAAGUCACGUAUUAUUUCCACAUUUAUGCCAUAAUUUCCUGCGUAUGCAUAGUCAUGGCCAUGAUAUCGACACCGGCCGGUCAAUGGGCCGGCUGUAAGGCCCGUCGCAAUUUACAUGAAAAACUUCUGCAGUCAAUUAUGCACAAAUCGUUGCAUUUCUUUCAGGUCACACCAUUGGGUCGUAUCAUGAAUCGCUUCAGUAACGAUAUGGCUAUCAUUGAUAAGAAAAUCGCCGCCACUAGCCAACGUUUACUGCAGUUCACUUUGUUAUGCGUGUGUGCCAUUCUAAUCAAUAUUAUCAUCACUCCCUGGUUUAUAGUGGUCACUGUGCCAGUGUGUCUGGCUUAUUAUGUUAUACAGAAGUUUUAUCGUUGUUCAUCCAGGGAAUUGCAGCGCAUUGAAAAUGCAACCAAUACACCGGUUAUAUCCCAUCUAUCCGAAACGAUACAAGGUGUUACCACAAUACGUGCCUACAAUCAGGAAUCACGUUUCACGGAAAUAUUAUUUCGACGAUUGGAAGAAAAUACGAUUGCAUUCACGAUACUCAAUACCAGCAAUCGUUGGUUGGGCAUAUCAUUGGAUUACCUGGGUGGUGUCAUUGUAUUUGUGGCCAUAGUGACAGCUUUAUUGGCGGCAACAAUAGCAUGCAACAGCUCGAACAAUAAUCAUCAUGCCACCGUCACCAUGAAGGCUACAGGAUACCCAGCAUCCCCGUUAUCGUCACCAACGACAGCAUCCUUUAAUGCAUCGUCAUCUUCAUACUCGCAAUGGGUAACGACGACAUUAUCCCCCUCCCCCUCAUUGGUGGGUCUGGCCAUCAACUAUACGCUAUUGAUGCCAAUUUAUUUGAAUUGGGUUGUAAAACUUUUGGCCGAUAUGGAAAUGUAUGUCGGUUCGGUGGAACGUAUUGCAUAUUAUGCGGACAACGACAGUGACACGAAGAAUGGUGGCGGUGGUGAGGUGGAGAGCUGUCGAACAUCCAUGGCAAAUGAUGACAACAACAUUGGUUUAUCAACAAAAGUUUGCAACGAAUCAAAGGCAGAGACCAGUUCCAGUGUUCGGAGCCAAGCCAAAGAUGUUGGCUGUGUUGCUGCUGGCACGUCUGCUGAGAACAAAGUUUGUGGCGAUGAUAAAUUGUUGUUGUUAAGUCCAAGUGAAAAGAGCGAUACAUCGUCGUCGAAAAUGGCUGCAAUGACAACAUCCUUGUUUACCACUGACAACAAUGUCAAUGAAACUGUUGUUACAAUCUCGAGAAAGACGAACGGCACAAAUGAUGAUGGUGCUGUGAAUGAGAAUGGUGGAGAAGAAAGUAAAGAACUUGGAGACAAAAAGAUGGAUGUAACGACAACUACCUCUAAUGCUGCUGCUUCUGCUUCUAAUGGUGAUCAUCAUCAUCGUCAUAUUACUAAUGAUGGACAUAUUGCAGUAACCACAAAAACUUUAUCACAACAACAUGGAACAACAUCAACAACUGUCAUUCAAGACGAGCAGCACCAUGAUGCUCGUGCUGAUGAUGAUGAAGACGAUAACAAUGCUGCUAACCCAACAUCUUUACUUUUGCCCAACAACAAAACGUUGGCGAUGACGACGACCACAUCUGACCACAUCAAUAUUCCAAAUAACAGUGACAACAACACGAACAACAACAAUAACAACCAGACUUCUUUAGCAUCGUCAUCUACUGGUCGUUCACCAGUGGCAGCAUCUUCAGCAAAGUUCCUGCCAAGAUGUAAUGAUGCUGAACGUCAAGCCAGUGUUCGUCGUUUAGCUAAACACAAAAAACAAUACAAACCCGUAGCAAUUUCGUGGCCACAACGCGGCGAUAUAUCUUUCGAAAAUGUCAGUUUACGUUAUGAGGGACAGCACGAGGAUGUUAUUAGAAAUUUAAAUUUGAAAAUACCGGCUGGCCAAAGGAUUGGCAUUUGCGGUCGUACCGGCAGUGGUAAAUCAUCAUUGGCCCUUUCACUAUUCGGGGUUUUACAGGUGAGCCGGGGCUGUAUACGCAUCGAUGACAAUGAUAUCUCGCACAUACAUCCCGACGAGGUACGUACACGAUUAUCGAUAAUCCCACAGGAUGUUCAUUUGUUCAAUAUGACAAUACGAGAGAAUCUUGACCCGUCUGGUUACUAUUCGGAUUUGGAGCUAUGGAAUUGCCUUGAAUUGGCACAGAUGAAGGACUUUGUCAAUAGUAAAAUGCCACAGGGAUUAGAUACCGAAAUUAUGGAUGGCGGCAUAAAUUUAAGCGUGGGCCAUCGUCAACUUUUCUGCCUGGCCAGAGCCAUUUUACGUGGUUCCGUGUGCUUAGUUUUGGAUGAAGCUACCAGUUCUUUGGAUACCAGCACUGAAAAGGCAUUACUAGAGGCAGCUCAUAAGGCUUUCCAGGGAAGAACGAUAAUAACAAUAGCGCAUCGUUUAUCGACUAUUCUCGAUUAUGAUCGGGUCAUUGUAUUGGAAAAGGGGCAAAUUAUUGAAGAUGGCCCUCCGGAAGAAUUGAAAAAUAAAGCCGGUGGUAUAUUUGCUGCUCUCUUGAAAUCUGGUAGACCUUUGUCGAUUUUAAGUACGGAUACUGGAAUACAAAGUUUUUAA